AUGGAGCUGGCUCAGAUUCUCUAUGAGGGUUCAAGUGCUAUUGAUAAAAGCCCGGAUGAUCAUCAAUUCAGAGAAACGCUACAAGGCAAGCCAAACGGCUUGACCAAAGACGAGGUGGCUGACAAGAUUGACGCUUGUUUCUGGACACCUGCCCAUGCCAUCAGGCCUAAGAAGGCAAUACCCAGACAGAAACGCGCUUCUUUGCAUGACAAAGUCGUGCCUCAGUCGCAUGCAACCAUUGCCGGGGUGCAAAGACUAAGUGCAGUGGGGAUCGGCCCAGCUGUAAGACUUGCUUUGCUCUGCAAAGAAAUUGCGAGUAUGGGCCAAAAAACGUGA